AUGACCCAGCGUCUCCCUGAAGCUUUGCCAGGACAGAAUUAUGUCACUCUCUCGGCCAUAGCUGGUGGUCACAUCACACUCCCAGAUUACGCUUUUAUCUCGCCGUCCGAGCCAGAAGCAAAACGUCACGUACCAUCGCUAUCCUUUCUAAUAACGCACCCAGGCAUCGCAGCUUCUCCAUCGUUGAUCGACGUACCGACGAAGAAGCCAUUGCGAGUACUGUUCGACCUUGGUCUUCGUCAGCGUGCCGAUGAUUACCUCCAGGCACAACAAAAGCACUUAGAAACACGGAAGCCGUACGAGCUUUUCCCUGGUGUUCCAGAGCAGCUCAGAAUAAAUAGUAUUGAUCUGGAGACGAUCGAUCUGGUCAUACUAAGCCACGUGCAUUACGACCAUCACGGUGAUCCCGAACUUUUCCAAAAGUCUAAGUUCAUCGUGGGACCUCAGGCUUUAGACGUGCUGAAGAACGGCCUUGCUCCUGAAUUAGGCUCGCAUCAGAUCUUCAAGGCAGAUCUGCUCCCUCUGCAUCGCACAAUCGAACUUCCGCCAGUUAAUGAUGGUGAUUGGAAAGAGCUCGGUCCUUUCCCUCGCGUCAUCGACUUGCUAAACGAUGGGUCGAUGUACGUGAUAGAUACACCCGGUCACCUUCCCGGGCACAUCAACUUGCUAUGUCGCCUAUCCGAAGACCGAUGGGUGUGCCUCGCGGGCGACGCAUUCCAUGACAAGCGCUUGCUGACAGGCGAGAAAGAAAUGGGCACAUGGAAUGAUCAUGAGGGAAGGACGCUUUGCAUUCACCUCGACAGGGCCGAGGCCGAGAAGAGUAUCGAACGCUUGAGGCAGUUGGGUCACAUGGGCGUAGAGAUCAUCGCAGCGCACGACGACCGCUGGGAACAGGUGAACGACGAUAAAUUUCUUCCGGGGAGACUAUGAGCUCCUAUAAUGAAGACGAAUCUCC